UUUAAAAUUUUACAGAUUUUAUUUAUACUCUAACAACAGCAUUACACAUUAACUAAAGUUUGAAACAUGGGAUCACGAAGAACGGGACCUUUAACAACGUUCCAAGUGCCCAACCAAAGGGAACAUGAAUCACCAUCAUGUGUACUACAAUGCCUGAUCCACCACCAACUCUACGCCAAAGCCGAAAAAUGUGAGUUCCAUCGUACAUCCACUUCAUUCUUGGGCUACAUAAUGAGUCACGAGGGAGUGGCUAUGGACGAGGGCAAAGUAAAGGCGGUGCUGGAUUGGCCUCAACCACGCACACUAAAGGAACUACAGCAUUUCCUGGGGUUCGCCAACUUCUACAAGUGGUUCAUUAGGAACUUCAGUGGCACUGCUGCUCCGUUAACUGCCAUGACCAAACGCAUAUCCUCACGUCUCAUCUGGUCCCAUGAAUCUCUACAGGCCUUUCAGGACCUCAAGGAACGGUUCACCUCUGCUCCCAUUCUCCGCCAUCCAGACCCAGAACUCCCCUUCAUCGUGGAAGACGACGCAUCCAGCACUGGCAUCGGGGCCAUCCUCUCACAACACCACAGGAAUCCUGCCAAAAUGUUUCCCUGUACGUUCUUCUCAUGGAAGUAAUCAGCACCUGAAAGAAAUUACGAUGUGGGCAAUCAUGAGCUGCUGGCUAUGAAGUCAGCAUUAGAGGAGUGGCGAUACUGGUUGGAGGGAGCGCAACAUCCGUUCACAAUUCUCACCGGUCACAGGAACCUGGAAUACUUGCGUUCAGCCAAACGACUAAAUCCCAGACAGGCAAGAUGGGCCAUGUUCUUUAUUAGAUUCCAGUUUACUGUCACAUAUCGACCAGGGUGCAAAAAUACCAAGGCUGAUGCAUUGUCCCGGCAAGUAGAGGAGAUCGAAAUGCCUAACACGAAGGAUCACAUCCUCUCAGAGAAACUGCUAUUCGCUCCAGUCCAAUGGGAUAUCAUGACCGAGAUCGCACACCUCAAUGAACAGAACUCACCACCCCUAGAAUGUCCCCAAGAUGGCACAUUUGUUCCUGCUCCUCUACUCACCAAGCUCCUGCAUCAAGUCCACGCCGGUUCCCAGUUCUGGUCAUCCAGGUAUUACUGCCACAUUCCACCUACUACAAAACCGUUUCUGGUGGUCCACAAUGCUUGCAGAUACCACCCAAUUUGUCAAUAACUGUACAGCUUGCCAUACUUCCAAACCAUCCCGACAACUCCCAGCUGGUCUUCUUCAACCACUACCCAUUCCACAAUGUCCAUGGUCUCACAUCGCCAUCGAUUUUAUCACUGAUCUCCCUGAGUCCCGUGGUAACACAGUCAUCCUCACAGUCAUUGACCUUUUCUCAAAGUCCUAUCGACUCUUUCCACUACCCAAUUGCCCACGGCAUUCAAAACCACAGAGACUCUUUGUGAGUAUGUCUUCCACUUUUAUGGCUUACCUGAAGACAUUGUUUCAGACCGAGGACCACAAUUCACUUCUCAAGUAUGGGCAGCUUUCUUCAAGCAUCUCAAUGUCACCGUCAGCCUCACAUCUGGUUACCACCCUGAAUCCAACGGUCAAACCAAACGCAUGAAUCAAGAACUCAUGAGAUUUCUGAGGACCUAUUGCCAGGAAAACCAAGCCGAUUGGAGCAAAUACCUGAUGUGGGCCGAAUAUGCACAAAAUUCCCUACAGAAACCUGUUACUGGAUUAACUGCCUUCAAGUGUGUACUGGGCUACCAACCUCCACUUUUCCCAUGGUCUGGCGAACUGUCCAACCUCCCAUCCGUAACAGAGUGGCUACAGCGGAGUGAGGAUACCUGGAACCACGCACAUACCCAUUUGCAAGGCGCCAUAAGGAGGCAGGAGGAACAAGCCAAUCGUCAUCAACAUCCCAGUCCUGAAUACACCGUGGGUCAGUGGGUCUAGCUAUCCACAAGGGAUCUUCGCCUCAGACUUCCAUGCAAAAACUCAGUCCCAGGUAUGUAGGGCCUUUCAAAAUCACAAAACAAAUUACUUCAGUGUCAUUUUGGCUUGACUUGCCUUCUAACUAUCGUGUUUCUCCCACUUUUCAUGUCUCGCUUCUGAAACCCUGGUGGUCUGAGGGGAGAGUCGGAGGGGGUCGAAGCCCACAGCCACCCAGCCAUCCUGAUCAAGGGCAAGGAAGUUUAUCAAGUUCGAGAACUACUCAAUUCCAGGUGCCAGGGCAGAAAACUCCAGUAUUUGGACGACUGGGAGGGGUACAAGUGAGGCUCCCGCACUUCCUCCCUCGCACCACCGGAGGGAGUCAGAAAAUAAAAACAAUUUCAUCAGGUGUUGUUGAAUAACUACAAAAAAUGUUUGUUUGUUUUCCAGAGUGGCACCACUCCUUCAAAAUUUGUUUAUGCCAGGCCCUCAGACCACCAGCCUGUUAAGAGUUAACAGUACAGAGGUUAACACUACAAUUAGCUUUUUACCAUCUGAACAUGGUAUUCGAUUCAUUACGCAAAUGAGCUCAUUUAAAUGCAUUAUCUUGGACACACGUUGGGUCACAGGUUAGUCGUAAAUUCCGGAAGGGGACAAUUCAUCACUGUUGAAUUCUCAUGGAGACUAUUUCCUUGGCAUGGUCACAUGCCUCUAAAAAUAAUAUUAAACAAACACUGCAAUCACAAUUAGAUAAAACAUUUCCUUUUUAGGCUGAGUUCUGUCAGGACUUUACUGGAACAUUAAAACUAUAUCCACACAUAGCACUGACGCAAACCUCUGCACAUGAUUUGCUGUCAUAGUUUAACAUAUAUUGAUAAAUUAUGCUAUAUAAAUCUUAAAAAGAAUUACACAUACUAAGUAUGCAUAUGUGCUGGAUUAUUGUGCGUUAUUGUGCGUUAUAUACGUGUAGUGCGUUAUUGACCUUCAUGUCUUUACAUGUCUCAUACAGCUCAGGAGAA